AUGUGGCUUUAUAACUUUUUGCUGAGUUUGGACCUUAAGGGAUUGUUUCUGUUUCUGUUUAUUUUUAUUUUAAUGGCAGAUUUCAUCAAACACAGGAAUCCACCAAAUUAUCCUCCAGGACCGUCUGGUCUGCCCAUUGUGGGGAAUUUCUUCAGUAUGGACAGUAAACAUCCAUACAAAUAUUUUACCAAGCUGGCUGAAAUCUACGGGAACGUGUUCAGUGUCCGCCUAGGCAGUGAUAAGCUUGUGUUUGUGACUGGGUAUAAGAUGUUGAAGGAAUCCAUAGUGACACAAGCUGAGAACUUUGUGGAUCGACCACAGUCUCCGAUGAUUGACAGGAUGUACGGAGGCAGCUCAGGUGGUCUGUUCAUGAGUAAUGGUGAAACAUGGAAGAAACAGCGGCGUUUUGCUUUGUCCACCUUACGCACCUUUGGCCUGGGCAAAAGUCUCAUGGAGCAGAGCAUCUGUGAGGAGAUCCGAUACCUGCAGGAGGAGCUGGAGAAAGAGAAAGGUGAACCUUUCAGCACAGCAGGCCUCUUUAACAACGCUGUAUCCAACAUCAUUUGCCAGAUGGUGAUGGGAAAACGCUAUGAGUACAGCGACCACAAUUUCCAGACCAUGCUGACGUAUCUGUCUGAGUUUUUUAGGCUGGAGGGCUCCAUAUGGGGUUUCCUGUAUGAAUCGUUCCCCAACGUGAUGAACUACUUGCCAGGUCCCCACAACAAAAUAUUCAGUCACUUUAUUGACAUCCAAGACUUCCUGAAGCAGGAGUUACAGAGGCACAAGAAGGAACUGGAUCACAACAAUCCCCAGGACUACAUUGACGCUUUCCUGAUUGAAAUGGCGAAUCACAAAGACUCCGAGCUGGGCUUCACUGACACCAAUCUGAUAAUGUGCUCUCUGGAUAUGUUCCUAGCUGGAACAGAGACAACUGCCAUCACAUUGCAGUGGGCUUUGGUUUAUUUCAUCAAUAACCCUGAGAUCCAAGAAAAAGUCCAGACAGAGAUAGACGGAGUGAUCGGACAGAGCCGUCAGCCCACUAUGGCCGACAGACCCAACAUGCCCUACACUGACGCUGUCAUCCAUGAGAUCCAGAGGAUGGGAAACAUUGUUCCGCUGAAUGGACUCAGAGUAGCUGCCAAGGACACAACACUGGGUGGUUACUUCAUACCGAAGGGUACAUCCAUAAUGCCCAUGCUGACCUCUGUGCUGUUUGACAAGGAUGAGUGGGAAACUCCAGACACUUUCAACCCCGGACACUUCCUGGAUGCUGAGGGAAAGUUUGUGAGGAAAGAAGCUCACCUGCCUUUCUCUGCAGGGAAACGUGUGUGUCUCGGAGAGGGCCUGGCCAAGAUGGAGCUGUUUCUGUUUUUGGUAGGUUUACUGCAGAGGUUCUCUUUCACCGCUCCUGACGGAGUAGAGCUGAGUACAGAAGGAAUCACUGGGUCGGUUCGAGUGCCGCACCCCUUCAAGGUUCAUGCCAAGGCUCGCUGAAUUAGGCGACAUCUCACGGAACUGUUUUCCCCUGAAUCACUACAGGACAAGACACAAGCAAAUCACAGAAGAGACAGCUCAAUCUGAUGUUUUCACUGUUGUAUGAUCAUGUACUGAAGAACUGCUUAGUCUCUCUGUCUGUACAUUUAAUUCUGUGUGAUAAUUUGUAUUGAUUUGAUAGUUUUAGUUUAAAAUAUGUUUGGUUUUGUUUAAUUAAUCAAUUAAUAAAAUAAUGACAAGGUUAAAUCAAUGGAUUUAGAUAAAUGAAAAUGUAUUGGUUUAUGUCACUGAUAAAGCUGCUUUCGGACAUGCACUGAACCCCACAGUUUUUCUCCGGAGGAGGUGCAUGUGUGAAUGCAAAUAUCCACCUGGCCUGCUAGUGUGAAGUCCAUAGAAAUCCUGGAUAAUCCAAUGUGUGAACACAGAAGGAGUUGAUUAUGCGGGACAGACACAAAAAUGAAAAAAAACAAAAAGUAAACAAAUAUCUCCAACACCGACAAAAGUGUGAUAAGAGCUGAUAACAGUGUAUGUGUGUUCAGAAAAUCAUGUGAUCUCUGCAGCAGAGUUAAUAUGUCACUUCCUGCCUCUGUCUGCUGCAUUGUCUGCUCCACCUCUCGUCUGAAUAAUGUGGAGGAUUUGUUGCUGUUCUGAACACUGCUGUGUUGUGCAUGAGUGAAAAGUAAACUCUGGGUAAACUCUCUAGCCAAUUCUCUGGAUUUUACCCACAGGUCAUGUUGGAGAACUGUUUAAAACUAUAGAAGCCACUAACAUUUCAACAGUCCACAAAAGCAGCAGUAUUUCAAAUAAUUCCAGCUUUAAAAUAUAUCCACAAAUAUCCUCACAAUAUUUUAACCAAGCUGGUUGCUUAUUUUAAACAGUUUGGAGUAUUUUUUUUAAAGCCCACUGAGUAAAAUUGUGGUAUUUUUGGGAGUAAAUACCAUUGCCUCUCCUUUUCUUAAACUCAGCAAACAUAAAACACAAUCUGAUUUUCUCAUCAAGG